AUGCUGCAAUCUCAUCAAAAAUUAAAAAAAACAACCCUAUUCACACAGCCAAAUAAUAACAAUAACAAUAACAAUAAUGAUAAAAAUAAAAAUAAAAAUAACAACCAAACAAAAAAAAAAAGAAAAUCACAAAGACUACUUAAAAAAGCAAAAACAUCUAAUAAAAACCCUUCCCAUUCUCUUCAAUCCAAAGAGCUAGCAAAGACUCACUCCCUAAAUGUUCAAAGGCUCUCUUCAAUUGAAUUCCCACUAAACGUUAUCAACGUUGAUAAGGCCCUAUCCAUGGUUGGUGGCUCACGAAAGAUAAAAGACAACAUCCUCAAAAACAAAAACUUGGAACUAAGAUUAAACCCAAACAACCCAGCUCUUCAUCCAAUUCAAUCCCAAAUAAUUCCCUCCGAAAACAUCCUCAUAAAAGUAUCUUUCCCAAAGGGCGAACUAGCUAAAUAUAAUGGAAACAUUCAAAACACCCUCAAGGCCAACACUUUUGGUUCUGAAAGAUACUACAAAAUAACUAUAUGUUCAGUGGUAAACAAAAUUAUCAGAUUCAGAGAAUUGGCUGAUCAUCAGUAUAUCUCCACCGAAAAAGAACAAAAACUAUUUUCUCAAAAAAUUAAUUCUUCUCUAUUUCAAGGAAGCUUCCCAAACAUCAAACAACUAAAUCUCGAUCUUCACACUACUAAAAGACCUUGGUUGCCUGAUGAAUUUCAAAAUUACUCAAAUCAAGAAAUGAACUCAUUUCAUGUCCAACAAUUAAUCAAAAAAACAAAUCUAGGCUUAUUUCCAAUUCCAAAAUUUUGUCAGCAACCACUCCCUUUUUCCUUCAACUACAAAGGCAAUUCUUCUGUUAUUGUAUCAAGCGAUAAAGUUAAUGAAAAAAGAUUUCUCAAUUUUAAUAUUUCCCUCCAUAGUAAGUUGAAUAAUAUUCGUACUUCUUUUGACGCCAAGUCUCCACUCAUCCCAACUAAAAGCUCUCUAAGCAAAUUAAUUUACAUGAAAAAUCAAAUUUUACUGUUCAACGAAUCUCAAAAUAAUCAAAUCACAAGAAAUGACAAACCUGAUGAUAGAUCCAACUAUAAUAUAUUCAAUUUGGAUCCCCUGUUGGUUUCAGAUGACGAUGAUAAUAUUAAUAAUAUCGCAAACACUCUUAUUGAUAAUAAUCUUAAAAUUGAUAAUCUUAAAAUUAAUAACCUAGAUUUAUUCAAUUUCUCAGAGAUUAAUUAUUGCAAACACUUGUUUGAAACAAUUGAAUUUUUGCAGAAAAAAUUUGAUGAAAAACCAAUUUGGUUAACCUUUCAUUUAGAAUAUUUAAUUCCUUAUCAUAUUAAAUCCUUUCUAUCUUCUGCAUUACCUUAUGUAUCCUAUUCAUUUAUUUAUGGUCCUUGGAAACAUGCCUACAUCAAGAUUGGCUAUGAUCCAAGAACUUCUCCUGAUAGUAAAUUAUUACAAACUGAAUUAUUAUCGAUAAGAGGCUAUCACAAUAAAAGAAUUAAAUUGUUUUGUGAGUUUCAACUGUCAAAUAACAAUCCCAAUUCAAAUCAAAUACCCAAAGAAUACGAAUUUGAUGGCAAUAAUCUACCACUCACCUUAUUAUUUCAACUUGAAAACAUAAAAGAUCCACUAAUUAUAGAUUUGUUGGGUCAUGCUAUUAUUAACGAAAGUCCCAAUAUAACAAGUGGUUGGUAUGAUACCGCUACUAUAAAAGGUGUGAGGAGAAUAUUAAAGAAAAAAAUAUUUUGCAUUUUGAAUAAAAGAAUGAAAACAGAUUUUACUAAAAAAAUAAUAAAUGAAAUAAAUGAUAAAAAAUUGUUAGAAAUUUCAAUAAAAAAGGAAAAAAAGACUCCAAAAGAUACCCAAUCCAAUAAAAUGGAAACUAAUAAUAAAGAAACCGACCUAUCUCUUUCGGUUGAUUUCAUUAUAAAUUCCAAAUCUAAAAUUGAUUUAGACAAAUUUGGUUUAGGCAAAGUUGAAAAAUUCUUUAUUAAUAAAGACAUGAAACAACUUGAUAUCCUAACACGAUUUAGAGUAGCAAAUCCAAAAGCUAUUCAUGAAUUAGAUUCUAUUAUUGGUUUAAUUCAACAAGAUAAUAUAUCGGUUUUAUGA